CUAGGUUAAUUAUUUUGGGGACUAUGCUAUUUUUUUUUUUUUUUUUUUUUGCUGAAGAGGUCUAUGCUAGUCCCGAGUUUGGGCUGUAAAAUCUUGUGUUAGAUUUUGGGCCCGAUCCGCGAUCGGAAUUUUGCUGACAAGUUGGAGUGGCUAACGUCCUUUGAUCUGAGCGGCUAAGGGAUCAGUCGCCGCCGGAAGAGAAGAAGAAGAAGGAAUGGCUCUUCGGUUGACGCCCGUCCUCCGCCGCGCCGCUCGAGCUCUCGAAGAUGUCGAUUUGAUCAAAGUGUUGCGAUCCGAAAUCAACCACGAACUCUCCUCCCCUUCGUCCUUCCAGGACAACUCGGCCGGCUCGCCGGGGGAUUUCGCCGUCGACUGGGACUCCACGGAAUCCCAAGACGUCGUGUUGAGGAGGAAAUUAGGGUCCGGCGAGGAAGUCGCGGUUUCCGCGUUGCUGGGCGAGAUUCUCCCGGAGACACCCUCUCGUCCAACUUACCCUAGAGAAAUAUUGAUGAAGGUCUGCCUUACAAAACCUGGCUUGAGCUCUGUGUUGCAGUUCGAUUGCCGAGCUCAGGAGAAUUCUCCGUUCCUUAUCAGCUCCGCCCAUUUCCUUCGAUCCGCCGAGCACCAGUCUCCUUCCUCCUACAGAGGUCCUUUGUUCAGUACAUUGGACCCUGAUCUACAGAAUGCAUUGGAAGAGUACCUAGCAGAGAGGGGUGUAGAUCAGUUGCUCGUUAACUAUCUCCUUCACCACCUGCACACGAAGGAGCAAGGUCAGUACGUGAGCUGGUUGCAGAAGCUUGAAGCGAUGGUUGGACAGACGGCCGAUGCUGCAGCAGAGAAACAGCAGGUUUGAAAUGAAUUUUAGAUGUGGACUUAGAGAGCAGCUAAAAUUUCUGUACUCUGUGUACUCGGCUUAGGGAUGAUUUAGAUGGAACUCAGCUUUGGCCCUAAUUGUUGUUUUUGCAUCUAGAAAUGAAGUGGAAACAUGUUUGGCCAAUCUGGAACCAAGAACAUAGAUGAGGUUAUUGUGUUGAAAAGUCUUGCAUUUCCUGCUCUGCUACUCACAGCAAUCAGUGAAUUGUUGAUCUAUUGAUGAUAACGAAUCUCUUUAUCCCUUUGGAAAGCUAUGUUAUGAUUUGCACUUAGACACAAUGUUAUAGUAGAAUCACUUGCCGCGCUGUACUAAUAAGGUACAUGACAGCGUUAGAAUUUGGCUGGAGAAUCACUUUCCUGAAUCUCUCAUGUCCAGAUUAGGUCGACGAAAUGAAGUUCUUGCCAAAAACAAAUUAGGUAGAAGUAAGUUAUUGCACUCAGUUCCAUUUGUAGUAGACAAGUGAGAAGAAGAAAGGCAAGAAUUGCUU